AUGAGCGUCGUUAGGCCUCAAUUUGUGUCACAGGCACCCAGUGGGUCCCAGGCCGAGUCCAAUUCCUCGUUCUCGCCUUCACCAUCCCACCCAGUUGUCACUAAUUCCAUUACAAUCUCCCCCCUUUCACCUCCAGUAACCCAUUUUACGACUCCGAAACCAUCAAGUGAGGGUGACUACGAUGUCCAGGCGGAAGAUGAUGAUGUUCUCUACUAUCCGGAGCUUUCUACAUCUGAGGAACCGUACGUCAAGUCCUCGCCAGAUUACACUGUCUCUCCUUCGACUGGCGUUGCGUCGUCGCGACAUCGUCCACCACCGCCUCCUCCAAGUUCACGUCAUCAAAAACUCUUCGGGGAAGUAGAGGAGGACGAAGAUGAGGACGAUGCUGGAAUUCCUCCCGAUGCUGGUGGUCUCUACCGACGUCUCACGGACGAGGAUAUCGGUGGUGUCGGUGCCUCUGGAGGCGAACGUUCUCCCUCCCUUUCGUCGGCUCUCUCUAGGGUAGCCGCCGAAGACCUGAUGACGCCCUAUAUUUCUAGUCAGAAGGCAGCUGUUGAAGACGCCGACCCCGUCAACUCUGCUUUGUCACGACUAAUUGGCGCGUCAAUGGCUGCUGCGCAAGUUCAAGCCGCUGCCGUUCAAGCGGCCGCAGCAGCUGGCCUGGAUCAUUAUGAUGCCGCCAUCAGGUUACCCCAGCAACCACGACUGAGAGUCUCCAGAGGGGCAUGUGCUGGACCUCUCAGAAAGCUCUCCGUGGAUCUUAUUAAAACGUAUAAACAAAUCAAUGAGGUUUACUACCGAAAUAAGCGACGAUCAAGAGAAGGCCAGCAGCAGUUGCGUCGUCACUCUCAGUUCUUGCUUGACACUUCAAACGAGGACCCGACACUGCUGGCGUCCACGUCGUCAGCUGCCUACACCCUGCCCCCUCAACCUCCACACUCCAACUCGUCUGCUCAGUCAACAGAAUCGCUAACGCUCCACCAGCACAAUCACCAACAGUCUGGAGAUUCGGUGUACACCAGUGCGCCCCAUCUGGUCGACGGCGGCGCUCCCCUCUUCGCCCCUGCCUACUAUCAACUGAACUACCCGCAAUCGUCCGGCCAGCAGCCCCUCAACGUCGACCAAGUCGUCCACAUGCACGCGCUUGCCACAAAAAUGGGCGAUAUAAGUGGGUCGCGUCACCUCGCAGUUAACCCCUUUCUCCGUCAACUUGCUGCUCACAGCCUCCUGCCCCCUUCCACAGGUAUCUACAACGAGGGCACAGGAGCGAGUCCGGACGAAGUCGUGGGUUUCGGGCCUGGUUUCGCGUCGCCGGGACUGUCGCAGCACCACGGCGUCGCACACCGUCCGCGUACUAAUCGUGCCAACCAGCUGCCUGUCUCCUCGGCAUCCCUCUCUACCCCCGGUCUCCAUCCGCUUCUCCAAUCGAUGGCACCCCGUGGCAACGGACCCUACCACCAUCACCAACAUCAGCAACAGCCACCACCACCACCACCUAACUACUACCAGAACCAGAUUGCUCUCCUUGAGACGACUGGUGUCAUGCAGCACCCCUACGCAUCCGGCAGCGUUGGUGUCAGUGGCGGUGGCGGUGGUAGUGACGCGGUGUCAGCCUCGAACACCAUCGCAGCCUUCGCCAACAACUACGCCAACGCCAUCGAUUCUGUGACCGAGUCCCUCCAUCCACCGAUUUAUGCUUGUGUUGUUGACGUGUUGGCAACUUCCCUGACCAGCUUCUGCAAAUCAGCAUCCCCAACCACGUCGGCAUCAUCCAGUCUUGGUGGAAACCAGGGCUUUGAACGACUUCUCCAAUGUGUUGGCUACUAUAAAGUGCCUAUGUCCUCGUUGAACGUCAGCAAGCACGACGUUGCCAAUUUUAAUUGGCCACCAUGGGUGUCCCAUGUGGACGUCGGUUUCGACGGGAAGACAGUAGAGGGCAUUGUGUUGGCCACCACCCACUCGUCUGUGCAAAGCCCAUGUGGGUCACGCUUCGGUCGUUUGGAUAAACUCGUCAAACACCACCGUGUUUCGUAUGUGUCCGAAAUUGCCGGACGCACUGCCUGGUUUGUCCGAGUUCACACCAGGUUGAUGGGACUGUGUGCAUGGCCAUCCAUAACUCAGAACGCAAAUCGAGUAUCCAAUUUCGUGGUCGACAUCGUGUGCCACCGACGUGUGCUCCACGUGGUCUGGCGCAACUCAGAUUGUCCGAAUUUGCGCGCCGAGGUGGAGCUGCUAGGAGGUCUUGGUGAUCCAGAUUUGACAAAAUCUCGUAGACGUCAAAUGCGCCGCUUCACGCACAAGUUAAACGCAUCGUGGAGAGCCUGUCUUGGCACUCCCUAA